AGUCGUUUCAAAUCCAACUCUUACUCACCGCUAUCAAUCAGUCAUCAGCUGAAGCAACACCGACACCAGCCGUUCCUGCCCCAGCUGCCGUUUGGUCUUCCUUGCAACUCUUCACCAGUUGUAGGAGGGUGGAGGGUGUCAGCGCUGACGACCUCGACUCGACUCUCGGGCCCGCCUUGCAGAAUUGUUCAAUCUCGGCGCGCUCUCCGCCUCUGCCGUCGAAGCACUGCACUUUCCCCUCCUUCCGCUUUGGGAGGUCCGCUUCACCGUGAAGCUCUGGACUGAGCUCGGCUACUCCACCACCCUCAGCCAUCAUCCGCUCGAGCGAAGGUUGGUUGAUUGUUCACACCCUCCCAACUCUCCCUCCACAACACAACCUGUCAAGCCCUCGCUCGAGCCCCUCGGUGCCUCUGACUGACGACACGGCUCUCGCAAUACGCAAGCCCAAGCUUGAUCCAGCUUGAUCCAAGAAUCCACCGUUCUCGUCCGGGCAACUUUGAAUCGUUCAAUCCCGUUAAAAAUCUGUGCCCGACAACAACAACCCAAUAAUCCUGAAACCAAGUUACCGUUGUUUGAACCAAACAAGAAGAUGACAAACACGACUUGGCUCAAAACCGACGUGACGCACUAUUACAACCCGUUGGAAGUCUGGGUCGUCAGCAUGGGCGCGCUUUUGCUCGGCGCGCAACUGUGCAUGGCGCUGCUGCUGGUGGUCAAGCGGGAGUGGAAGCCAUUCAAGGCAAAACAACCCGCCGUCCUGAUGGUUGCCGCGGUGGCUGCCAUUAUUGCGUUUCUAGGAGAGAUGCACGGAGAGUUUCUGCUGCCUCAGGAGGGCACAGUGAUGGGCGCCUGCUACUUUUGGAAGCAGUGGGUCUAUGCCACCUUCGGCUUGGGAUUGUUUGCAACGGCGCACCUGUACCGCUUUUACACGCGAUGGGUGGUCUUGCACAUUUUGAACUCGCGCCUCCUCAGCACCUCAAGAAAGCUCGAUCGGCGCGUCAUCCAGCUCGCAGGCGCCGUCGUCAUCUUUUUGCCUGUCGUGCUGCUCAGCAUCAUUGUCACCACGGCAGGCGAUAUGGGCAUCGAGCCGAUUGUGAUGGCCAACGGCGAGCUCAAGAAUGUCUGUGUCACGAAAAGCAAGGUGAUGGUCUACUCGAUUAACGCCGCGAUGGGCUUGUAUCUGUUCGCCCUUGCUGGAUGGUGGACGUACACCCUCCGCAACGUGCGCGUGUCCUUUAACGAGUACAGCAGCGCUCGAUCGGGCUUGGUCUCCUCGCUGGUUUGUCUCGUUGUGUACAUUCUCAUCAUCUUUUCCCUGGACAACUCCACCUACUACUACCGCUCGCUCAAGCUCGCACUGAAUAUUGGCAUCACGACGCCAAUUUUCGCAGCGAUCGCCACCGGCGCCGUUCUAGACUGGCUCACAAAUCCCGAGCGGGCAGAGAGCGCGUUCGAGGCUGGCAUGGCCAUGACCAUGCUCACACACAUGCCUUCGCGCACAAAGUCCAGCUUUGCUCUGAAUCCCGAGGUCGAGACCAGCACGGCAGCGAGGAAAUCCUCCGGCGCGAGCAACUCGGACUCUGCACGCAGCGCACCUCCGCCGGCAGACGUAUCAGAUUAUGCUGCGGAAAUGGAGGAAGAGGAGGGCCCGAAUUUCGAGUUGGAUUUGGGUGUUGUGACGGUGACGCCGUCGUCUCCAUGAUGAUCAGAACAAUCUUAAAAAAAAAAAAAUCCUGUCCGUUUGUUUAUGUG